UCCUGCAUGAACAAGUAACUGAUCCUAGCCUGUGGAUUUCCCUGCAAGAUAAAGGAGAGCAAUGGUUUCCUCUACAGACAUUCACUGGCUUGCCUAUAUAAAAUAAGAAAGUGUCCACCCAGAGAGAAAUUGCAUCACUGAACUUCCUCUCUUUUCUGUUGUGAAAUUGUUGUGUUUAUAUUCCUGCAGUCCUAUUUUAGCAGGCACACAAUCUUCAUGCCGUCUGAAGUACUUGCCAAGGUAGCACAGCCAACUGAAUCUGGCUCAGCCCCUACCAGCGCAGCUAAUGAUGCAGGUCCAAGUGGUACAGGCAUCUAUUCUGCCAUUAUUAGCAGAAACUUGCCCAUUAUAGGUGGGCGGGAAAAGACUUUUGAGGAACUGCGGAAGAAAUGCUUGGAAAGAAAGGUCCUCUUUGAAGAUCGGGAAUUCCUAGCUAAUGACAGCUCUUUGUUCUACAGCCAAAAUUUUCCAGUUAAGUUUGAAUGGAAGCGACCUCCGGAAAUAUGCGAAAAUCCUGAGUUUAUAAUUGGUGGGGCGAACAGAACAGAUAUCUGUCAAGGAGAUUUAGGUGACUGCUGGUUUUUGGCUGCCAUUGCUUGUCUAACCCUCAAUGAAAAGUUACUUUUCCGUGUCAUACCUCCAGACCAAAACUUCACCGAAAACUAUGCUGGGAUAUUUCAUUUUCAGUUUUGGCGCUAUGGAGACUGGAUAGAUGUAAUCAUUGAUGACUGCUUGCCGACCUUUAACAAUCAGCUAGUAUUUACCAAGUCUUCUCAGCGGAAUGAGUUCUGGAGUGCACUGUUGGAAAAAGCUUAUGCAAAGUUACAUGGAUCUUACGAGGCACUUAAAGGUGGAAAUACUACAGAAGCCAUGGAGGACUUCACUGGUGGAGUUACAGAGUUUUAUGAAAUAAAGGAUGCACCAAAAGACUUGUUCAAAAUCAUGAGAAAUGCUUUUGAAAGGGGCUCACUCAUUGGAUGCUCAAUCGAUGAAAUUAAUGGUUUAUCCUAUGGUAUUUCACCUCCUUCUGAUAUGGGGCAAUCAAUAAUGCGAAUGAUACAAAGUGUGGGUGACAAGCAGGCCGAUUUAGAUGGAAAAGGCUUGGAACCAAAACCAUCAGUGGCUAUUGUACCUGCACAGUUUGAGACCCGUAUGUCCAGUGGACUGGUUAAAGGUCACGCUUAUUCUGUAACAGGAGUGGAAGAGACACCUUUUAAAAUGGAGAAGGUAAAGCUUGUCCGUCUUAGAAACCCAUGGGGACAAGUGGAAUGGAACGGAUCUUGGAGUGACAAUUCCAAGGAAUGGAAUAUAAUUGAUAAAGCUGAGAAAGGUCGUCUUCAACAUCAGAUAAAAGAAGACGGUGAAUUCUGGAUGUCAUUUGAAGAUUUCUUGAAGAACUUCACAAAGCUGGAGAUUUGCAACCUAACAGCAGAUGCUCUGGAAUCAGACAGGUUACAAACAUGGACGGUGUCCGUUAAUGAGGGACGAUGGGUCAGAGGCUGCUCAGCAGGUGGAUGUCGAAAUUUUCCAGACACCUACUGGACCAACCCUCAGUACCGUCUAAAGCUUUUGGAGGAAGAUGAUGACCCAGAAGACAAUGAAGUUGUCUGCAGUUUCCUUGUUGCCUUAAUGCAGAAAAACCGCAGAAAAGAUCGGAAAAUGGGAGCCAAUCUGUACACAAUUGGCUUUGCUAUUUAUGAGGUCCCAAAAGAGAUGCAUGGAAAUAAACAGCAUCUACAGAAGGACUUCUUCUUGUACAAUGCAUCCAAAGAUCGGUGUAAGUCCUAUAUCAACAUGAGAGAAGUCUCACAGCGUUUCAGACUACCUCCCAGUGAAUAUGUCAUCAUCCCCUCCACCUAUGAGCCACACCAGGAAGGAGAAUUUAUUCUGAGAGUCUUUUCAGAGAAAAGAAAUGUUUCAGAAGAAGUUGAAAACAAGAUUGAAGCAGACCGACCAAGUAAAAAGAAAAAAGUCAAGCCAAUCAUCUUUGUAUCGGACAGAGCAAACAGCAAUAAGGAGUUGAGUGUGGAUGAAGUGUCUGACGAAGAGAAGAAAAAAAAGGCAGCCGAUCAAAAAGAGAAAAAAGAUAAGACCUCCGGAAACACAGACAAAGAAACUGAAGAGGAGAAGCAAUUCAGGAACAUCUUCCAGCAGAUUGCAGGGGAUGACAUGGAGAUCAGUGCUGAUGAGCUGCAGAGUGUUCUGAAUAGAGUUGUAAAUAAACAUAAAACCCUCAAGAUUGAAGGAUUUACCCUGGAGUCUUGCCGCAGUAUGAUUGCUCUCAUGGAUACAGAUGGCUGUGGUCGACUGAAUUUGCAGGAGUUCCAGCACCUGUGGAAAAAGAUCAAGGAGUGGCAGAAAAUAUUUAUUAAAUAUGAUGCAGACCAGUCUGGAACAAUCAACAGUUAUGAGAUGCGAAAUGCUGUUAAUGAAGCAGGGUUUCAUCUGAACAACCAGCUGUAUGACAUCAUCACAAUGCGCUAUGCAAAUAAGCAUAUGAACAUUGACUUUGAUAGCUUCAUUUGUUGCUUUGUUCGCCUGGAAGGAAUGUUUAGAGCAUUCCAUGCCUUUGACAAAGACGGAGAUGGAAUCAUCAAGCUCAAUGUGUUGGAGUGGCUGCAGCUCACCAUGUAUGCCUAAAGUCAUCAUAAGCUACACUGACCUCAGCUCUUGUCCCUCAUUCACUUUCAUACAAGGACCGACUCAGGAUCUCUGUUGGACAGAGCAAACCUUUACCUCAUAAACCCUAAUAUAUGUUUAAUAACAGUUUACUAAAAGCCACA